AUGGAGAAGGCUUUAAAUGACUUAAAGUUGGACUCGAGUAAGAGGAAGAGUUAAUUGGAAUUAAUUAUUUCCAUAACCUUCCCUAAACCCAACCCACUACCCCACCCACGCAAUGCACCCCCUGGUGGCAGGUUUGAGUUUGAUCCUUGCAGGAUUCCGUACGCUUCUUUCGGCCAGUUAUCUAUCAGCUUCAAGGCGAACGAUAACAUUGUAGCCGGCGCUGGGAGCCAGCCCCGGGUUCCGCUCCGCUCCGCGCAGAUACAGUCUCCCCCACCUCCAGCCGGACAGCUCCUCGCUGCUUCCCCUUCCCAAGCCGCCACCUCGAAUUCAUAAAAUGUUGCGGCGGAUUAUUGCAAAGAUUGUUGUUGCAUGGAAUGUGUGAGAAUGCAUUUUCAUGCUUUUGUUCCUCCCCACUCUCGUUUCUAAAGGCUUUGUGUCUUCUGUCUGAGUGCCUUCGUCUGGCGGCCAAUGAUUGCACUGGGUGUUUUUUUCAUGCUGCAAUUUCUAUCUAGUUCAUCUUGAUCAAUGAAGAGGUGAAAACAAAGACUGAAGAUUUAUUUCUUGUAGGACAUGUAUCGGUGCUACAUUUUACAGUGGGAAAACAGGUAGUACUUGGAAUGUGACAGGAUCCUUGGAAGACAAGCUAAUGUACUGCUCCACUUACCUGCUGUGUACAGAAAAUGACCAGACUGAUGUUAGGGAAGACUUUGGAAAGAAUAUGCAAAGCAGUGCUCUUGCUGUGUCUAGUGCACUUUCUUAUAAUGAUGAUCUUCUACUUGGAUGUCUACACCCAAAGGUUCGACAUAUUCAGCCGCUUUAACAAUAGGAAUUAUUCCAAGAUGCAUCAGUACUUUAAUAUCUCAAAGCCCAAUGGAACCUCACUGACCAUUCUGGGGGACGAAGAUCAUUUUGUGUCAAGCAGGAAGUUGGAAAGUAAUCUUACAGUCACAAAGAAGCCUUUACCAUUAUGCCCUGAUGUCCCACAGGGGUUAGUUGGAAGACUGUUGAUAGAAUUCAGCUCCCUGAUGACAAUGGAGAAAGUUCAACGAGAGAACCCAGAUGUACAAGAGGGAGGCAAAUACACGCCUUCUGACUGUAUAGCUAAGCAAAGAGUUGCCAUCAUAAUUCCAUUCAGACACAGGGAACAUCACUUGAAGUUCUGGCUCCAUUACUUGCAUCCCAUUCUCCGCAGGCAGAAGAUCAACUACGGCAUUUAUAUCAUUAACCAGCAAGGUGAAGGCAUGUUCAACCGAGCAAAGUUACUGAACAUUGGCUACGUGGAGGUACUGAAGGAUGGAGAGUAUGACUGCUUUGUAUUCAGUGAUGUGGAUUUGAUCCCUAUGGAUGACAGAAAUCUCUACCAUUGUUAUGACCAGCCACGUCACUUUGCAAUUGCCAUGGACAAAUUUGGAUUCAGGCUCCCAUACAAUGGCUACUUUGGUGGUGUCUCAGGACUGAGCAAGGAGCAGUUUUUAAAAAUAAAUGGCUUCCCAAAUGAAUACUGGGGCUGGGGCGGUGAAGAUGAUGAUAUUUAUAACAGAAUAACACUGAAAGGUAUGAAAGUAUCCCGACCAGACUCCAAGAUUGGAAAAUACCGAAUGAUAAAGCAUGAACGCGACAAGCACAAUGAGCCCAACCCCCAGAGGUUUACAAAAAUCCAGAACACAAAGUUAACCAUGAAGCAAGAUGGGAUCAACUCCUUGAAAUACAAACUGGUGAAUAUAACCAAGUACCCGAUGUACACAAAUAUCACAGUGGACAUUGGCACUCCGCCACCUCGGGUUUCAAGGGGAUAGCAGGUUACACUGCUCUCAGCAAAGACAGUUUUCCUGGUAUUCCUUGCCUCAUUAUAGACAGUCUUUCUGUCUGUCAUUCUCUGUCUUUCCCUUUCUGUCUCUCCAAAGAAUUACGGUGAAUAAAACAUAAAAUAAAAAAAAACUAACAAAGCAUGUGGAAGUGAGAGGAAAGAAAAAAAACCCUCUUGCUCUAUAAGAUUGCUGAAAUGCUGCCUUCUGGAAUUGAGAGAUGUAAACCAGACAGGACCAGGUUGUACUGAUCUGGGAGGAUUUAUUCUUUUUAAGCUCUUUUAUUUGUGUGAAAUCAAGUGGAAAAUGAAGUUCUGUACAAUCUCUUUAGUACUGUUAACAAAAUCCUUGGCCUCUUUGAAGGUGGCUUCCUCUAACAAAAAAACCUUGCUCUGUUUGAAUCUGGCUCACUGGAGUAUCAUUGCCACAAAAUCUUGGGGCAGAUUCUUUUAGUUGCCGGCGAGACCUUACAUUACAAGAAAAUGUGCCUGCAAGGUCAUUAUGGGUCACAGCUAUUUUAACUCUUUGAGUGCUGAAUAUUCUUUGCAGCUUUCAGAAUCACUGUAUGCUCAUGUUUUCUACCAUAUAACAUAAGGGGUUUCUUGUAAAUUUCUAAUAUUGAAUGUUAUAAAGUUAUUAAAAAAAUGAAAUCAUUAAAGGAAAACACAAGAAAAAUCUCUGGAUUUACAGAAUUUGAUAAAUAAAUAGAAAGAAACUG